UUACCGAUGACAGUAGCACGCUAUUGGCUGACUGGUAAUGUUAUGAAACUUCAUUGGGUAGACGAACACACGCCUUUCGUCAAUCUGAAAGAGCACAACAGACGGCAAGGUGAUCCAUGUGCAUCUGACUGAGUCAACAGUAAGCAUGCUGACUGCACAGAGGGCAUGUGUAGCGAUGACUGCCCGUCGCCUGGUUAGUGCUUCCGUCUCUUCUGCAUAUGCACGCCACUCUCUGAUCCACACUUCCACACCGUGCCAGAACCAGGAUGAGUUGCAUCCUGAAUGGGCCAGUCUGGCUAAGAAACAACUAAAGGGGAAGAACCCGGAAGAUCUGAUCUGGCGCACGCCUGAGGGACUCAACAUCAAGCCUGUGUACACCAAUGCAGACUCAGCUGACAGGCCAGAUGAAUUGCCAGGAGUAUUUCCCUACACUAGGGGGCCCUAUCCUACCAUGUACACCAACAGACCUUGGACUAUCAGGCAGUAUGCUGGCUUUAGCACUGUGGAGGAGAGCAACAAGUUCUAUAAGGAUAACAUUAAAGCUGGACAGCAGGGUCUUUCCGUGGCUUUUGACCUCCCGACGCACCGUGGUUAUGACUCGGACAAUCCCCGAGUCCACGGAGAUGUCGGCAUGGCCGGAGUUGCUAUAGACACAGUUGAAGACAUGAAGAUGCUCUUUGAUGAAAUCCCACUGGAGAAGAUGUCUGUUUCAAUGACAAUGAAUGGAGCCGUCGUCCCUGUGUUGGCGAUGUUUAUUGUGACCGGGGAGGAGCAGGGCGUGUCUAAAGCCAAACUAACUGGCACGAUUCAAAAUGAUAUUUUGAAGGAGUUCAUGGUACGCAACACCUAUAUUUUCCCCCCGGAGCCUUCCAUGCAAGCCAUCGCAGACAUCUUCGCUUAUACCUCCAAGAACAUGCCCAAGUUCAACUCCAUAUCCAUUAGUGGCUACCAUCUUCAGGAAGCUGGAGCUGAUGCUAUCCUGGAAGUAGCCUACACCAUUGCUAACGGCCUGGAGUACUGCCGCACUGGUCUGAAAGCAGGCUUAACCAUCGAUGAGUUUGCACCAAGGUUGUCUUUCUUCUGGGGUAUUGGGAUGAAUUUCUACAUGGAAAUUGCCAAGCUGAGGGCAGGCAGGAGGUUGUGGGCCACGCUCAUGAAAGAGAAUUUCCAGCCCAAGAAUGCCAAAUCUCUACUCCUCCGCACACACUGCCAGACUUCAGGCUGGUCCCUCACUGAACAAGAUCCGUACAACAACGUGGUCCGUACAGUGAUUGAGGCCAUGGCAGCUGUGUUCGGGGGGACCCAGUCACUGCACACCAACUCGUUCGACGAGGCUCUGGGCUUGCCCACAGUGAAGAGCGCUCGCAUUGCCAGGAACACCCAGAUCAUCAUCCAGGAAGAGUCGGGCAUCCCUAAAGUCGCCGAUCCCUGGGGGGGCUCUCACAUGAUGGAGGCUCUCACAGACGAUGUCUAUAACAAAGCUUUGAAGUUUAUUAAAGAAAUUGAAGAGAUGGGCGGCAUGGCCAAAGCCGUGGCUGAGGGCAUUCCAAAACUUCGUAUUGAAGAAUGUGCUGCUCGCAAACAGGCCCGCAUCGACUCAGGAUCAGAGGUCAUUGUCGGGGUUAACAAGUACCGUCUGGCGAAAGAGGAGACUGUGGAGGUGCUGUCUAUAGAUAACACUUCUGUACGUCUGAAACAAAUUGAAAAACUGAAAAAGGUGAGGGAGAGUCGCGACCCAGAGGCAGCGAAUAAGUGCCUGGCAGCCAUUGAGGACUGUGCCCGGACCGAGGAGGGCAACCUUUUAGCCCUGGCUGUGGAAGCAGCACGAGCCAGACUCCCCUUGAAGUUGCCCAGCAGGCGGUCGAUGCAGACGUACACUGUGUCGGGGUCAGCACGCUUGCCGCAGGACACAAGACCCUGGUACCGGAGCUCCUCAAGGAACUACGGAAGCUCAACAGGCCAGAUAUCCUUGUCAUCUGCGGAGGCGUCAUCCCACCACAGGACUAUGAGUUCUUGUACCAGAGCGGUGUGUGCGCCAUCUUCGGCCCAGGAACCAGGAUCCCACAAGCUGCGGUGGAGGUUAUCGACAGCAUCGAGAAGAGCCUGGAAAACAUCCGACAGUCCGUGUGAACUCAAACUACAACUUAAAGAACUGUCUAUUCAUGGUGUAUCAACGACAAAGCCACAAGUGGGAGCCCACACUUCUGUACAGAAUCAGUUUGACUUGUUACGUAAGAUUGUAAAAAAAACAACCACGUAUAACAUUUCCCACCAAGAGAACACCGCAUAUACAGCAGUCAAAAGAACCUGUUGAGGUGGAAUGACUGUAUGUGUUCAUUGCAUUCUAUGUAUAUGACAUUUGAUUUGAAUUACUUAUACUAACCUUACAGUUUGCCAUUUGCAGUCCUGUAACUCUACAAAGUAAAACAUUAACAUCACAAACAGUGUUAACUUUUGUUCACUCAAAAUUGAAAGAAUUCCUGACACAGUCUCUUCAGAUGGAUAAAUGGUGAUGUCAUCCUGUGCAGCAUGCCUGUGUGUGAAUUGCAGUGGUUACAGGGUUAUUAAUAUCCUGUAAAUGUCAUAGAAAUGCCAGAACAUGCGUGAAAACUGUGCCUAUGGAGUUUAAUAGGAAAUACUUCAAUUUGAAUUUAAUGCUUUUAUUGGGAAAUAUGUCUGUGAUUUUCAAUAAUGUAGCAGGGUGUCAUUAGUGUCAGUGCGGUGGAGAUGGAUAUGUGGAAAUUCACAUCAACACAAGCCUCUCUUUUCCCCUGGGUUUUAUGUUCAUUGAUAUUAUCAUCUUGAAAAUGGCCUUCUGUUCUGUCUUGAUUUCUUGCCUCUUACAUCAUGGUAAUUCAUUCAACUUCUGUUCAAAGAGAAACUGUACAGUGAUCCCAAUUUAUUUGGAAAUAGUAUUUUUGUAUUUGUGAUUCUGAUCAAAUUUAGCAUCUUUGGUCUCAAUAAAUAUGGAAAUAUGA